AUGCACAUUGUUACUGGUUGGACCGUCAGUUUCCAUACUUCAGAAUUGGUUCUUGACAUCCCCGGUUACCACUAUGUGAUGGAUUUGUUCAGCGCCUCUGAACUGCCGCCUGAGUGGUGCAACUUUAACAAUAUCGUUCCGUAUCGCAUAUUCCCCACUUACCGUCUCCAGAGAAAACAAGACGAACGGAUUGACCGAAUGCUUUUCGCUCCCUUGCUGACCAGUAGAAAUCUACUUGUAAAGGAUUCCUCCACGGGUACAUUAAUCAACAAUGGACCUACUCCACUAAGAAUUGCUCCAUCAGCUGCGACGAGUACACUGGUUGAUUCGCCUAGUGAGGCUGGGACACAGGCAGGCCUACCAGUCCCGAACCUCGUCACUAAACCAAAACGAAUAUCCCAAGUGAGCUGGAAUGCCGCCGUUCGAAAGAUGGCACAGAAGAGGUUUCCAAACAUAUCUCGCUCAGAGUCACAUAUUCGUCGAGCUCGUAGUCUGAGAGAGCGAAGAUGGCGGAUUCCAGAAGGUGGCUCUUUCCCCAGGCCGCGUUCUCCUGAUGACACCAUGGGGCAUGUUAGGUUUGGAUUGCAGCUUCAGGAAGCUUCGGUGCCUACUGCUUUCUCUGCAGAGAAGCAUACAUCAACGACUAUGCCACACGAAAUGAGAUAUUACGCUUAUGAGAGUCCGCAGUGGGAAAUUCGGUUGCGAAAAGAGUAUAUUUCACCAGGGGAACGCAUCAGAACUGCAUCAAUGGUGCAUUUACUUUUCGCCCAACUUCUUGGCGAUUUGUUCUGCCCUGUCAUGCCCCGCCUGUGUCAUGAAGAUCGUGAACGGUUGCUGGAACUCUUGGGUAACCCGGACAAGCAGACUCAACUAGAUCGGUAUGCUCAUGUGCCAAUUGAGCUCAAAAAGGCAGCUGUCGCAGCCUCCUUAAAGUCUCCCUUAUACUUCGGACGCUUUUUCCCCGUCCUUAUUCUCAAUGCUCCAGGCGACACCAACGAGUGCCAAUGGCUGGUGGUCGGGCACCAUGGCUUACGGCUGGUGUACCAGAACCCGAAUCAGCAGGAUUUCGACAUUCGUAUCACGUUCACACUGAGUGAAGUGAAGCAAGUAACUGCUGCUCGAAUUCCAACAAUCCCUGGAUGGAGACUGGCCGAUUGCGCGGUGGAUGGAAAAGAUAGCGUCGAAACAGUCUCUGUUACAGGUGGAGAUUCGCAGCGGUUGAAUCUGGUGACGAUCAUUGGGCAAAACGACAAGCUGCAACUGUACACGGAUAUGGCCGAUCGUGUCUGCAAAAUUAUAAACAAAUUUCUGGAUGAAUAUCAGGAGGAAGUGAGUCUGAAAAUUUAUGUACAAGGGAUUUCAAAAGCCACCAUACACCAGUUUUAA